CCAGAGGCGGGAUUUCAGCAGACGAGAGGACUGGGUAGUUGGAUUCUACACGGCCUGGCGGACUGUUUCAUGUCAGGAAAAAGGAAACGAAAACGUUACAAAAUUAUACAUUCCUCAUUGUACGGAUUAUUACACUAGCGCGGAGCCACUACUGAGUCGCCGUCUUGUGAGAACGGUUUGCAAAGAUGAAACCUCUGGACUAGAGCUUGGUUCAUCAGGAAAAAGACAGGAGACCAGGAAGGAAACAGGAAAUAAUUGUGAGUGGCCAUGGCCUACUCCAGCUACAGCAACCUGAGCAGGGCUCAGCUUACCUUUGAGUACCUGCACACAAAUUCGACAACCCACGAGUUCUUAUUUGGAGCCUUGGCAGAACUUGUGGACAAUUCAAGAGAUGCUAAUGCCACACGAAUAGACAUCUACACAGAAAAAAGACCUGAGCUGCGGGGCGGCUACAUGCUCUGUUUUCUGGAUGAUGGUAUUGGAAUGGACCCGAAUGAGGCAACCCAUGUGAUUCAGUUUGGAAAGUCCAGCAAACGGUCACCUGAGUCCACUCAGAUCGGCCAGUAUGGAAAUGGACUCAAAUCUGGCUCUAUGCGUAUUGGCAAAGACUUCAUCUUGUUCACAAAAAAAGGCAAUGCGCUGACUUGCCUUUUCCUGUCGAGGACUUUCCAUGAAGAAGAAGGGCUGGAUGAGGUGAUAGUGCCCCUCCCCUCCUGGGAUCUGAAGACCAAGGAGCCGCUGACCUCUGAUCCGGAGAAGUAUGCCAUAGAGACCGAGCUGAUCUUCAAAUACUCACCUUUCAAAAAUGAACAGCAGCUGAUGGAGCAGUUCAACAAAAUAGAAAGCAGCAGUGGUACUCUUGUGAUCAUCUAUAAUCUGAAGCUGAUGGACAGCAGAGAACCAGAGCUGGAUGUAGAGACAGAUCACCAAGACAUAUUGAUGGCUGGUACACCUGUUGAAGGAGUGAAGCCAGAGCGGAGGUCAUUCAGGGCGUAUGCUGCUGUUUUGUACAUCGACCCACGCAUGAGGAUUUUUAUCCAGGGACAUAAAGUCAGGACUAAAAGACUGUCCUGCUGUCUUUAUAAACCAAGGGUUUAUAAAUACUCAUCGACUCGUUUUAAAACUCGUGCUGAGCAAGAAGUCAAGAAAGCAGAUCAUCUCGCUAAGAUAGCGGAGGAGAAAGCCAGAGAGGCGGAGAGUAAGCGCCUGGCCCUAGAGGCCAGAUUAGGAGAGGACGUGUCAAAAGAUUCACGGGCAAUUCUGAGGAAGGUUCAGGAUUCAGCCAUGAUGCUUCAGCGUGAUGCUGACAUGAAGAAAAGGAUUCUUGAAGCCAAACAGAAAGCAUUAAAGGAGCCCAAGGAGUUGAAUUUUAUAUUUGGAGUAAACAUUGAACAGAGGGACUUGGACGGGAUGUUUGUGUACAACUGUUCUCGUCUCAUCAAGAUGUACGAGAAGACCGGACCACAACUGGAGGGAGGCAUGGCUUGCGGAGGUGUGGUUGGAGUAGUGGACGUCCCAUAUUUAGUUCUAGAGCCCACUCACAACAAACAGGACUUUGCAGAUGCUAAGGAGUAUCGACAUUUACUGAAAUCCAUGGGGGAACAUCUAGCUCAGUACUGGAAGGACAGUAACAUUGGUGGCAUGAGCAAGUCAGACAUCAAGAGAGGGAGAGACAGGGAUAGAGUAAUGUUUGAGCCAGAGCAGAAGUCCCAGAAAGGCAUAGUGAAGUUCUGGGAUGAGUUUGGAUAUCUGUCUGCCAGCUGGUCUGCACCCCCAUCAUCAGAGACAAGAUACAAGAGACGUCGGGCCAUGGAGAUACCACUUACUAUUCAGUGUGAUAAAUGUUUAAAGUGGAGAACGCUACCUUUCCAGAUGGAUGCUGUGGACAAACGCUACCCAGACAGUUGGGUGUGUCUCAUGAACCCUGACAGCACUCAGGACAGGUGUGAUGCUCCAGAACAAAAACAGAAUUUGCCAUGUGGUAUUCUAAAAAAAGACAAGUUGUCGACUGAAGACAAACAGAAAGAGCUGGCAGAGAAAAUAAAACACCAGCAGGAGAAACUAGAGGCCUUGCAGAAAACCAGCACGAUCAAAUCUGCAGCAGAUGUAAAGAAGCUACCACUGGAAGUCAGCAUGAAACCAACAGAGAGCUCCUCUCAGGCAACUAGAUCUUCAGAGAGGACCAUAACAAGGCCCCGCUCUCCACCACUCCCAGCUCACCUCAAAAAUGCCCCAAGUACCCCUCCAUCUCGUGCCGCUUCUCAGCGGCCCUCCCGGACACCUGCUGCUCCUCCACCACCAUCCAAAGUUGAACCAUCCAGGUCUAGAGCUGCAGCAAAGCCUCCUCCACCUCCAGCAAAACCCUCACCCAAAACUACUGCCAAAACACCUCCACCCAGCCGCAGCUCACGGAUAAAUGCCAAAGCAUCAUCUGCUGGACAACGCAAGAGAAUUAUAGAGCAGGAGGACAGUGAGGAAGAGGAGGAGGAGGAAGAGGAGGAGGAGGAGGAAGAAGAGGAAGAGAGUGAAGAGGAAGAACCACAGACAAAGAAAUCCAAGAUGGCUUCAGCAGCUGGUAACUCUGGGAAAGUGGUAGAGAAGGCCCCACCUCCCAAACGUGGCAAGUUGGACGAGGUUAAAACACACUCCCAGGCUGAGAAGAAAGGGGUGUCUACUCCUACACGGCAGACACCAGCCUCUGUCCCUAAAUCCAUUACUACACAACAGCAUGGGGCUAAAGCCAAGACACCUGAGAAGGCUCCACAGCAGGAACCAGAGAAUGACACUAAAAAUGCUCAGAAAGAUAAGGGUCUUCUAGUUGAAGUUCGUGUCAAUAAGGAGUGGUACACAGGCAAAGUCAUUGCUGUGGAGGCAAAUAAACAGAGUGUCCGCUGGAAAGUGAAGUUUGACUAUGUACCUCGAUCCACCCCUAAAGACCGAUGGGUGUUCAAGGGUAGUGAUGAAGUUCGGUUGAUGCGGCCACCAUCUCCAAUCUCUCAGACACCUGACACCCAACAGGAGACAGAGAGGGGGCUGGCACCCAUGGAGCCAGACACUACUCAGCCAGGAACCAGUCGAGAGGUGACAGACAGCCUGGUCACCAUGUUGAGGACAAUGCUGCGUUACUUCUUCCCUCCUGCUUUUCGGAUUCCAAAGGAUGAUGUUAACAGCAUGACGGCUGAGGAGUUAGUGGCCUUUCCCUUGAAAGAAUAUUUCCAGCAAUAUGAAUCUGGUCUCCAGUCAUUGUGUAACUCAUACCAGAGCAGAGCUGAUGCCAGGGCCAAAGCUGUGGAAGAGAAGAACAACAGCACUGAGGUAAAACUGAAGGAGGCAGACGAGAAACUCCAGAAACUACGAACAAACAUUGUAGCACUUCUGCAGAAAGUACAAGAGGACAUUGACAUAAACACAGAUGACGAGCUUGACGCCUACAUAGAGGACCUCCUUACCAAGGGUGAUUAAAGAAGACAGAAAAGAAAAAUAUAAAAGAGAAGACAUGCACAUAAACAGACUGGCAGUUUUCAUUCCAGCCAUUACUUGCUGAUGGCCCUCUGAGGACUAAUGCUUAUGUGCAGUGUUGGCUGUGAAUAUUUAGGAAUAUUUUCAUUGUUGAUCCUUCCAUAUGUUAAAUCAGAUUGUCAUAAGUUUGAUCUUUGAUUUUGAUCGUUCCAGCGGUUAGGCAGCACCAACAUAAUCUUUGAGUUUGGGCAAGUUCUUUGGUGUUUCUACAUUGUCUGAUAGCCCUCUGGCCUGUGGUUUUCUUUUUAGUCUUUUUUAUAUUAUUCCUUAUAUACUGUAUGUUAAGCUAUGUUUAAGCCAUCCUGUCCUGAUUGACCUUUGAAAUGAUUUGUGUAGGUUUAAUAGAAUUUAAGCUCCAUUUAUAUAGUCAACUAAUUCUGUGACAAACUGCAGACUACAUUUGUUCCAGACUAUAUUUGUUUUGAUCCAUCAUUGGGUGAGAAUUGGAAGUGAAUCAAGACUUGGGUUUGACUGGGCUGUGCUCUGCACUGUAACCUUUACUUAAACAUUAACUUUUAAUUUUGUACACUAACAACACAUCAGUGUUGCCCAUUACCUUCCUCCAUCCUGGUCUGUCUAUCAAGCAAACCAGAUAAAUCUUUUAAGGUUGGGUGAUGUACCACACCCACAAACAAUAACUACUUACUGGGUUUUAUCAGUAUGAGUAUUCCCUUAAAUCCCUCCUGCAUUUGAUCUAUGACUGUUCUGUGUUUAUUUUUGGAAAAAAAAAAUCUCACUUUAAUGCAAAGGUUGUGUGUUCAUAAUUAUUCAGUGCCUGUGUUCUUCCUUUUGAACAGAUUUUUAACAUGUCAUGGAAAUGUUUUAUUAAACAGUGCAUGCUUUCAGUCUUUUUGUUCUGGUUGGAACAAAGGAUUCUGUAUUUUUGACAAAUCUUUACUUAAAACAAUAAAACAGGCUCAGCAACACCUAUGAUGCAUGUAUGUCUGUUAUGUUUAUGUCUAUUUGCUAAAUAACAGAAUGUUGGUUGUGGGAAAUUAACAUUAACAUGAAUGUUAAAAAUGAAGUGAUUAAGUGUUAGUCUCAAAAACUUUCUUUUAAGGUUUCUGUCACUGUCCCACUGAAAUAAAGGUAAAUGGAAAUUUAA